AUGGAAACUCUUCAAGGUCUUGGAGUUGCAGUACUUGUUACCAGGGAUAAUAAGAACAAGCAGGGAACAGUUUAUAGAUACCAUGAUGGUAAGCAGUGGAAAGAUGGUAAGGAAGAGGACCACAAGAAGAAUCUGGACGCUUUAAAGACAAAAGCAAAAAAUCAUCAUAUAGCUAAGCAGUCACCUGUUCAACUAACUCCCAAGCAAGCUGCUCAGCCUGUCCAGGAGCCACCAAAACCUACAGCUGAUAAACCUGUAGAGGCACCUGCUCCUAAAGAAGAGCCUACUGAAUCAUCUAAACAGAGUGGUGAUACUACUUUAGACAUUUCAAAGCCGGAUAAGGACAAGUCUCAGUCCUUCGACUAUACUUUCGCUGGUAAUGCGAUAAGGCUAGUUGUUCCUAAUAAAGGCAUUUCUGUAUCAAAGCUUGUAAGUGGUACUGAAGAGGUUUAUACUCUUUCAGCUGGAGAAAUGCUAGAGUAUAUCAGGGUAUAUCUCAACAAGGAUAAGAAGCCUGAGCUUGCGUCAGUUACUCUCCAAACUUCCUCAGGUGUAUUACGAAGAGAUUAUGUAAAGAGUGAAAACGGAUGGGUAUUUUGCACUGAUACCGAUGCUAAGAUGAAGAAUUUAAAGGAUACUACAGAAUGGAAAUCAAACUUUGAAAUUGAUCUCUCUGCUUCUAAGGAUACUGAUGAAUGCAGGGUCUUUGAAGCUGAAUUACUGGGAGUUACUACCAAGCAUUUCUUUCCUACACCUGGCUAUCAUGCCAAGAAGGGAGUCUAUGCAAGGUGGAAUGGAUACUUUGACGACUAUUGCCUUUCUUGUCUCAUUCACAAACGUGGGAACAUAGAACUACUAGUAAUGAUUGUAGUGGAAAGAUUAACAAGGAGAUGGAAGUAUUUUGAGAAGAAUGCUGAUGGCUGGAAGGACCUCACACGAGACGAAUUUGACAGGAAGAUAGAGGAGAUUAAGGGAUAA